GGAAAGGAAACAACCACGAAACGCGCUCCGCGACGGAAAAGCCUCGUCAGAGCGCGACUUGUGCGAGUGUGUGUACCGCGCGCGUCCCGCCGCCAUUAAUAAUGCAUGGUGUGGGAACCGCGUAUGCAAAUACGCUUUGUCCAAAUAAGGCGGCUGUGGAAUGAAACAUGGCCGGGCAUGCGAACAUGGAGGAGCCGAGUGCUUGAGCCGCCGUAGUCCGCUGAAACUUUUUCGCGAAGCGGAUGCAGGAUAACUGUGGCGAACCUCUCGCUGGUUUCACCGUAUCUUUGCCUGCGCGUUACGGAGUGGCGGAACAACGCGGCGAUGCGUUAAGCGCGUCCCUUUCGCGGCUCGAGAAGAAGGGGGCUGCGGCGCCGCUGCGGAGCCCCUCCACCGCCCAGCGCGAUGCCGUGGCUCAGCGGCGCCAAGCGGAGAGAGAGCGCCGAGCUGCCGCUGCCCGCCGGUUGGGAGGAGGCGCGCGACUACGACGGCAGGGUGUUCUACAUAGACCACAACACUCGGCAGACCUCGUGGAUAGACCCGCGAGACAGGAUCACCAAACCUCUGACCUUCGCCGACUGCGUCGGAGACGAGUUGCCCUUGGGCUGGGAGGUGGCGUAUGACCAGCAGGUUGGGGUCUACUACAUUGACCACAUCAACAAGACCACCCAGAUCGAGAAUCCGCGGACGCAAUGGCGGCAGGAGCAGGAGCGCAUGCUGAAGGAGUACUUGGUGGUGGCUCAGGAGGCACUCAAUGCCAAGAAGGAGAUCUACAUGAUCAAACAGCAGCGCCUGGAGUUGGCGCAGCAGGAGUACCUGCUCCUCCACGAGCUCUCCGAGGAGGACGGCCGCUCGCUCUCCAGCACAUUCUCUGGCGCCUCUUCAAACGCAAAAUACGACCCUGACCAAAUAAAAGCGGAAAUUGCCUGUAGGCGAGAGCGGCUAUCCAGGUUGAAGAGGGAGCUGGCCCAGAUGAAGCAGGAGCUGCAGCACAAGGAGAUGGGCGUGGAGACCCUGCAGGAGAUUGACAGGAAGAUGUCCAGCAGCCAGACCAGCUACAAACUGGACGAGGCUCAGGCCAUUCUCAACGAGCUGCGUGCCAUUAAGAAGUCCAUCACCACGGGCGAGAAGGAGAGGCAGGACCUCAUCCAGAGUCUCGCUAAGCUUACCCUCAACUUCCAAGACAGCAUGUACAUCAGCGACUCCCAGGUCGACGCAGCGAGUGGCCCCGGGUCCCUGGCAGACCCCUCUUUACUGCAUCAAUACUGUGACACUGGCUGUCAGACCGACAUUGUGGGCGAGCUUUGCCCUAAGGAUUCCUCCCCAUUAUUGGACAAAGUCAGACUCAACUGGCAAUAUGAAGAAGCCAAGAAAAGGGUGUCCAGCAUCCAGCACCAGCUCGCCCAGCUGGACAGCGAGAGCUGGCCAGGUAGGGCCGAAGUAGACCGGGACCGUGACUCCCUGCAGCUGCUGCGCGAGAAGGAAGCGCUCCUGCAGGAGAUCACCCUCAUGAGCCAGCAGCAGCGUCCCCUGGAAGCCCUCCUGCAGCUGGAGGAGGAGCGGAGGAGACUCGAGGAGGAGGUGCUGAGGGCCCGUGCUGCCCAGGGCCAGGGUGUCAGUCAGAGGAUCCUGCAGCAGGAGAAGAGGAAUGUGCUUCUGAGGCAGCUUGAGGAGGCCACGCGCAUCACCACCUACCUGCAUUCCCAGCUGAAGAGCUUAUCUGCCAGCAACCUCACGAUGUCGUCGGGCAGCAGCCGCGGCUCCCUGGCCUCCAGCCGCGGCUCGUUGACCUCCAGCCGGGGCUCCCUCAGCUCUGUGAGCUUCAGCGACAUCUACGGGCUGCCCCAGUACGAGCGGGCUGAGGUGAUGGCGGGUGAGCCAGACCCCCACGUGCGCUACCUUCUGCCCCCCGAGCCUUUCUCUCGGGACCCGAUAGCGUUGGCAGCGACGGACCUCACGGGCCCGGGCAGGACCAGGCGCUCUCAGGACACCCCGCAGUCUCUGGCGUCUCUAUCCUCUCGCUCCUCCCUGUCUUCGCUCUCGCCGCCUGGCUCCCCCAUGGAUACCCCCCACCACUCCGCCCCCCAGGACUGCUCAAUGGCUCAGAUGACCGACGAGUACAUGGAGCUGGCCAGUCGCAGCAUGCUGGAGGGCCUCCGGGGCCAGCUUCCGCAUCAGAUCCACUCUGCUAGCCACUGCGAUGCGGGACCCGGGGCCCCUUCAGCAGCACACUUACUGGACAAGGUGCAUAAGGACAGCGGCCCCCAGAGCGCCCUCACCGGUACUGGAGUGACCCUGCGCUGUAACAGUGCGAGCAGGGCUGGCCGCAGGGCUCGGAGGGUGUCGCUGGGGCUGUCGGAGGAUGCGCUGGCCACGGACAGUGGGGUCUUUGAGGCCUGGAGCAAGAGGGUGGAGGACACAGAGGAGAUCUCCUACCCCAGUGACUCCUCCACUAGCGAGCCGGCGCAGAUCCAACUGGGACUCCUGUAUGAUGCUGCCAGCGAGUGCCUCAUCGUGCACCUCCUUCAGCUGCGGAAUUUGAACGGAGCUAUGCUGAAGCCGGGAUGCAAAGUGUAUGUGAAGCUCAGCCUGCUCCCAGGGGAUUCUAGCCGGGCCGCCACUCGCCACUGCAGCAAAGCCCUGGAGCCGCAGUCACAGCUGAGCAUCAACGAAGGUUUCCGCAUCCCCCUGCCCGCCGUCACGCUGGGAGUCCGCUCUCUGCUGCUGUCUGUCUGUGCCACUGGGCCCCAGGUCCCUGAGGAGCUGCUGGGCAUGCUCCAGGUCAACCUGGCUGACUGCGAGGGCAGUCCUGAGAUGGCAGUCCAGUGGCACAGGGUCCAGAUGCUGGGCCGGCAGGCAGAGAGUGGACCAGCAGCACCGCCUGGAGCCAGAGAGGAGGAUAGCAAGACCUCAGACUCGGUGCUGGCUCUGCUGGCUCGAACCACAGUGCAGCUUGGCGAGGUGGAGCAGGAGCAAGAGCGGCGCAAAGUGGAGCUCAGCGAGGAGGUGCUACAGGAGCUGGAGAGGAAGGAGGAGCAGGGCGAGGCUGUGUCUGAGAGGAGCUGGCAAGCAGAGUCGGUGGACAGCGGCUGCAGCAACAGCACGGCAUUUGUGACCCCUUGUCCUGAGGGACUGUGGACAGAAGGCAUCUGCUUCACUCCGGGGGAGCGCUGUGCCCCCCUGAGCUUCAGGAUUCCUGUUACCAAAGUGGACAAGGAGACCAACACGGAGGGGCCCUUUCCGGAGCCUGUGAUGGUGCGGCCCAAGGAGAGGGGGGGCCGCUGGGGCCACGCCUCCCCUUUCAUGCGCAGCAGCACCAUAGUGCGCUCGCAGACAUUCUCCCCGGGCGCACGCAGCCAGUAUGUGUGCAGGCUGUACCGCAGUGACAGCGACAGUUCAACGUUGCCAAAGAAAUCUCCCUUCAUCAGAAACACUUUGGAACGACGAACUCUGCGAUACAAACAGCAGUCCUACAGGUCCUCCCUAGCAGAGCAGUCGACGCGAACGUCACUGGACCUGGAGCUGGACCUCCAGGCUUCCAGGACCCGCCAACGGCAGCUGGGUGAAGAGCUGAGCACUUUGCGGGAGCUGAAGGAGCGGCUGGAGGCGGCACAGAGCGGGGAGGCUUCUGAGCUGCCCCAUUGGGCCUUGAGGGACGAACGCUUUCGCAGCCUGCUCAGGGAGGCCGAAAGACAGGCAAAGCAGAGCAAGCGUGAGCAGUGGCAAGAGGAAGCAGUUGAGAGGAGGCUGAGGAAGGCAUCCAAAGAGGUCCACCAAAUGAGGGUACAGGGCCAGAAGGAGCCACUCCCUGUGCAGACCUUCAGAGAGAAGAUGGCCUUUUUCACCAGACCAAGAUUCAACAUACCUCCUCUACCAGCGGACGAUGUAUGAGGAACCAACCUCUGAUCUCCUUACAUAUGGUCAAAUAUGAAGUAUUUGUUUUUGUUUUGUUUGAGCUUCAUGAAGUAAUCACAACAAACUGUAGUUAUCAUUUCAUCAUCAAUGAAAAAUAAAGCUAUUCAUAUGCAAGUUUUAGGAAAGGCAUGUUUGUGAGUGGAUAUACUUUAUAUAUGCACACACACAUGCACAUUCAUACGUUAUGUAACUAUUGAUAACAACAGGGCUAGGUUUUCCUUGUUUUAAAAAGUAUAUUUUAUAAAAAAAGAAACUUUUCUUCUUACACUUCUUACAAUUUUUUUGAUGUUUUGUAUGCUUACAAAAGGCUGGAAGAUGGGAACAAAGUCAGUUUAGACAAAUUCACUGUACUGUAACUUAUUUUAUAGUACUUUUCCUUGAAGGAAAUGGAGAAAUUCCCUGCUUUUAGGUGUAUUUUGUAAGCCUGUAAAAAUGGCACUUCAGUGUUUCUCAUACAGUGGAAUGGAAAUUUUGACUGACUUUUUUUCUGAUGCCUAAUACUGAAAACGUAUUUACAUUCAAUUUGUCACUUUUUUAAUCCAUUUUAUUAUAUUUUCAGUGUCUUUUGUUAUUAUAAAUAUUAA